AAAGUGUCAAAAUAGGUUUCCGUACAAAUGCAGAGACCAGCGAAGCGUCAGCGCGGCCGCCAUUACUGCACAUCAAGAUUGAGUCAUGGACCCCCGUACCAGUGCCCAGGACGUGAUGCGAUGUGACCUGUGUGAGACCGCUGUGGUACAGAUGCACUGUGAUACAUGUCUUGUCAACCUGUGUAAGGCCUGUGUGGGAGAACACUUUUCUGCUGAUCUAUCAAAACCUCAUAAAAUUGUUCACUUUAAGGACAAAAAGUCUACUCUUAUUCACCCCAGAUGCACGUCUCAUGAAGAAGAAAUGUGUGACAUGUUCUGUACCCAUUGUGAUGUUUCUAUCUGUAGUAUUUGUCUUGCCUCGGAUCAACAUCUUGGACAUAAACUAGCAAGGGUCCUGGAAAUUCGAGACAAGAAAAGGGAUAAACUCGUCAAAAAACAAACUGAACUGAAAGAAAAGAUUUAUCCAAACUACCAGGACAUUGCCUCUGAUGUACAAAUUAGAAUGAGUCAGUUAGAAAAGGAAUAUGGAGAUCUCUCAACAGCCAUAACAAAACAUGGAGAGGACUGGCACAGAGAAAUUGACAAACUUGUCAAGAAACUUAAAGCUGAAGUUGAUGAGAUGAAAAACACCCAGUUACAAACUCUACAGAAACAUCUGGAUGAAAUAAACAAGACAAUGUCUGACAUCAAGGAUGAAAUCAAUUCAGUUGAUAGUGUUCUAGAAUCUACAGACAUUUCAAGCCUAUUCAGUCUGCCUUCCACCCUAGAUAGGUAUACAAACCUUCCAAGAAAAAUUACAGUCACCAUUCCUAAAUUCAUCCUAAAGAAAUUACAAGCAGACCAACUGUUUAGUUUGAAAACAAUUUCGAUAAAAUCAGAUAAACAUGGCUACAGCAUGAAGACAACACAGAAAUCACCAGAAGCUGGAUCCUCUCCUCCAGUCAAACAGCUGCUUGAUCAACCAGAGACUGUCACCACCAUAGACACUGGGUAUGAUAGACUUUACAAUGUGGCCUGUCUGAGUGAUGAAAAAAUCUGGACAAGUGGAAAUGACAGCAUCAUGAAACUCUACAGUAUCAAUCAGGGAUCACUUCUCAAGUCAAUCACAACCAAGUCAGGGAACAUGCCAUAUGACAUAGCAGUGACAAAGAGUGGAGAUCUAGUUCAUACUGAUUACUAUGGUGAUAGAACUGUGAACAUUGUGAAGAAUGAGAAGAUAAAGAAGGUGAUCAGACUACGGACCUGGAGACCUCGUGGUGUCUGUAGUACCUCCUCUGGUGACCUCCUGGUUAUCAUGUACAGUGAUGAUGGCAAACAAACAAAAGUUGUCCGUUACUCUGGCUCCACAGAGAAACAAACCAUUCAGUUUGAUUAUAAAGGUAAACCUCUCUAUUCAUCUGAUGGUUAUUACAGAUACAUAACAGAGAACAGGAACCUGGAUAUCUGUGUGUCUGACUAUGGAGCUAGAGCAGUAGUGGUGGUCAAUCAGGCCGGGAAACUGAGAUUCAGGUACACUGGACAUACUCCUGCUCCAAUGAACAAACCAUUCAGUCCACUACGAAUCACCACAGACAGUCAGAGUCACAUCCUUACAGAUGAUGAUAACAAUCACUGUGUCCACAUCAUAGACCAGGAUGGACAGUUCCUCCGUUACAUAGACUGUGGACUGAGUUAUCCCCAGGGACUGUGUAUAGAUACAAAUGACAAUCUGUUUGUUGCUCAAUUAUUUAAAGCACAAGUGAAGAAAAUUAAAUAUCUGCAGUGACUGAGUGAACCCAGGGAUUGUGUACAGAUACAAAUGACAAUCUGUUACUCAAAGGAGUAAUAGACAAGUAAUGAAAAUCAAGUACGGAGAAGUACUGCAAGUGACGUUAUGUAGCAGUGUAAUAUUUACAUAGGCCACAGAAUAUUUAUUUCUAAAAAAUCAAGACAUGUUUGUUAUAAUGCUGAUUUUAAGUCAGUGUAUAUGUUGUAUGUGUGAAAGAUAAUAUAAGAUAAAUUCUUCACCGGUGAAAAUAUGUAUUUGUGUACUUUCUUAAACAAAUUGCCCACAAAACCACUACCAAGUAACUAUAAAGAUUUUUGUUCAUUGUCUACAUGUAACAUAUCUAAAGCUGGGAUUUUUAAAACAAUUUGUUUUACAUUUUUAGCAAUCUAAUUAAAAUUAGAUGUUAGAUCCGCUCGCAUACUUGCUACACUAACAUCUAACAACAUCCCAUAGAGGGUCAAGUCAAAGGUCAAAUUCAAAACACCUCUAGACUUAUGAGAUUCGAUUACGUCAACAAAUAUGCGAUGAUUUUGCAGCGACAAUUUGAUUGGUUGAUAGAUUUUGAACUCUGACGUGACCCUUUAUGGGAUGUUGUAAGAUGUUGGUGUAGCGAGUAUGCGAGCGGAUCAUACAUCUAAUUUUAAUUAGAUUGACAUUUUUAGUUGAAAUAUUUUUCUCCUUUUCUUAUCAUACUUUUUCCAUCAUCAAAAAUAGGCUUUAUUUGUUUCAAUUUUCAUCCAACUUUUUAAUUUUUUUAAAUUUAUUAUUUUUAAUUUUAUUGUCCUUUUUUUAUGUUUCAUUAAAUAUAAAUAAACAAUGACAUUCAUAUGAUUAGAGUAGAAUCAGCAACAUGCUAUUAAACCAUGAUUAUCUUGGUGUCUAACUUACAUGUAUAAGGUAUGUCAUUGUAUAUUCAAUGCUUUAUAUAAGGCUCAAAAUUGUAUGUCUGACCUCUUAUUAAUAUUGUUUAAAAUGUGUAAAAAAAACAAAAAAAAACAAAAAAAAAAACAUUAUGUUACAUUUAUGUUACAGAUACAUAUAUUUCAA